ACCAAACACAGCAGCCAACCAUCCUCGCGCUGAGCUCCGGUCGGACAACUCGCCUCCUCGUAGCAUGUUGUCAUAGAAAUCAAGCGUCGUCGCAGCCCGGACGAUGAAGCCCGAGCGUUUAGCCGCACGUCCUGUAGUAAGCUGCGGUUGUAGCUGAGGAGUGGAGCUCGGUGCAUGCACUUUAUUAGCAUCCCGUGUGGUCAGCGGUCGGGCCGCCGCGUUUUGACGUUAACGGCACGAACGCCAGGCUGUUGUUAGCAAGCUAGGAGGACUGCGCUGGAACGCUAGCAGUGGUUUGACCAUGGCAGACAGGAAGGGGAAACCGGUCACCCCAAUCAGAACACUCACAAAGAAAGAACAAGAAGAGCUCAAAAAAAAGGAGGAGGAGAAAGCAGCGGAGGUCUUUGAAGAAUUUGUAGCAUCAUUUGAGACCAAUGACAAAAGCGGAGUGAAAACAUUUGUCCGUGGGGGAGUUGUGAACGCAACUAAAGAAGAGGAAUUGGCAGAAGUCAAGAAAUCUAAGCUGUAUCGACCUGCUACAAAAUCUUUCUCUGUGUCCCAGUACGUCCCACCUGUAUCAUCCACAGAAAGCAAAAAAUCUGCAUUUAAACGAAAGUCAGAGGAAAAGAAGAAGAGCAAUCUUGAACUCUUUAAAGAAGAACUGAAGCUUAUACAAGAAGAGCGUGAGGAAAGACACAAAAGAAAGAAAACUGACCCAGGGGGAGGAGGAGGAUAUGGACAUCUAGACGUAGCAAUAUCUGGACGAUCUACAUUAUAUGAUGACCUAACAGUGCCGACCACCACUAACCUCUACAUCAGCUGCAUUAGUCCAAAGAUGAAUGAGGAAAUGCUCUGCAAAGAGUUUGGUAAGUAUGGUCCACUGGCCAGUGUGAAGAUUAUGUGGCCCCGUACAGACGAGGAGCGAUGCAGGACCUCCAACAGAGCGUUUGUGGCUUUCAUGACACGGAAAGAUGCAGAGAGAGCCCUGGCUGCACUUGAAGGUAAAGUGAUUAUGGGUUUUGAAAUGAAGCUAGGGUGGGGAAAACCAGCUCGCAUUCCACCUCAGCCUCUCUAUACACCGGUGGGGGUAAGGGCCACCAUGCCACCUGUGUCUGGGCUUCCUUUCAACGCUCAGCCAAGAGAUCGCUUCCGCAACGACUUCACCAAGCCGCUGGGCAUGUCCAAAGGGGAGCUCGACAAGACUCUGUCCGAAGCCAUAGUCAAAGUGGUUAUCCCAGCGGAAAGGAAUCUAUUAUUCCUGAUCCACAGGACGAUAGAGUUUGUGGUGCGAGAAGGCCCCGUGUUUGAAGCCAUAAUAAUGAACAAAGAGAGAAACAAUCCAGAAUACAAGUUCCUAUUUGACAACAAAAGCCAAGAUCAUGUUUAUUAUCGUUGGAAACUGUUUUCUAUCCUCCAGGGAGAAUCUCUGACAGAGUGGAGGACCACAGAUUUUCGGAUGUUUCGAGGAGGCUCUUUAUGGAGACCCCCCGUCAUAAACAGCUACUGUCAGAGAGGUGACGAUAGCGCAGAGGGGGAGGAGGCUUCUCCCGAAGAGGAGGUGAAAAAGGGACAGCUCCGAUCUGAGCACAAACAGAGACUGGAGAUGUUGAUUAAAGCGCUUACUCCCAGCAGAGAAGACAUUGCCAACGCCAUGCUGUUCUGCCUCGAGCGAGCAGAUGCAGCAGAGGAAGUAGUGGCUCUCAUCACUGAAUCGUUCUCGCUACUUCAGACACCCCUGCAGAAAAAGAUUGCCAGAUUGUAUCUUGUGUCAGACAUCUUGCACAACUCUUGUGCCAAAGUAGCUGGUGCAUCAUAUUAUCGUAAAUAUUUUGAAGCAAAGCUACCGGAGAUAUUUAAAGACCUUUAUGCAGCACACAGAAACAUACAAGGCAGACUGCAGGCUGAGCAGUUUAAGCAAAAGGUCAUGAGUUGUUUUCGAGCGUGGGAAGACUGGGCCAUUUACCCAGAUUCCUAUCUAAUCCACCUGCAAAACAUCUUUUUGGGCUUUACUAAAGCAGUAGAGGAGGUAACGGAGAUUGCAAAGGAACCAUCUGUUGAUCUAGAUGGUGCUCCAAUGGACAGCACAGAUAUAGAUGGCUUACCUUUGGACAGAGCUCGCAUGGAGGACAUAGAUGGCUGCCCACUGGGCUGGGAUGCCCUGGGUGGUGUUUCUGAUGAUGACAUAGACGGUGUUCCCUUAGGAGCCACCGGUGGCAUCGAUGGCAUACCUUUGGAUGGCAGAAAUAUUGCUCUGAAAGUGCCUUUAUCAAAGUGGGAGAAGACAGGUGAAGCUCAAGCCAAAACAGAGUCUAAGUGGGACACUGUUGCAGAGCGAGACAGGGACAAUGCAGCAAAAGUGAGUGUCAACUCGCAAGAUGGCGGCGACAACUUGGAGAGUUACAGUAGUGACGACUCCUGUACUAAAUUUGAUAGUGCAGACUUCCAUAGAAGUUUUCAGAUUUCAGAAAGCAGGCGGAAAAGGUUGAGAGAAUUGGAGGUUCAGGUAAUGAAGAUCCAAGAUGAGUUGGAAUCUGGCAAGAGGCCAAGCAGGCCUGGAAUGAGCAUACAACAACAGGUGGAGCUCUACAGGAGCAAACUGUUGCAAAAGGAGUUUGAAAUAGAUGAAGCCAAGAAUGAGAAAACAUUGAAGUCCAAAGACAGAUCAAAGGAAAACCACAGGAACAAGGAAAGAAGCAAAAGAAGUGAAGAUGGGGAGAAAGGACGAGGAGGGAGUAGAGAUUCUGACGACCAGACCCGAAACUCUAAGAGUAUCUCUCCAUACAGGACGAGGUCUCCCAAGCGGUCCAAACAUUCCCGAUCGCCAUCUCCAGACAAGAAGGCAGGGAAGUCAAGGUCACCACAUCGAUCCCACAAGAAGCCCAAGAAGAGCAAACACUGACUCUGGACCCUUGUCGUCCAUUAGCUUGCCUGGUUACACAUUGAACCUCUGCAGUGAUCUUUAACCGGACUGACAUGUCUGUUAACUUGGUCCCAACUAAAACGCAAGAUUCAGAGCUUUUUUGUAUAAAGCUUGCACAAUGUAACUAUAUAUAUUUUUGUUUUAAUAUUUGUUUUUAAAAUGUUCCAUAAAUUACUGUAAAGUUCUGACACUAAAUAAAUCACUGUUGGAGAUGA